AUUUAUCUGAUGUGACAAUAAGAGUUAUGUAUUCUAGCAUCUUGUUCUAUUUUCAUGUUCUACGUAGAAAUGGCUAACAAGAUAAUAAUCUACAUCUUGGUUGCUUCAAUGAUUGCCCAGCCAGCCCAAGGUUGGCUACUUACAGUAGGUCUCGGAGCCUUGGGUUUUGUGGCUGGCCCGAUAAUUGCACCAAUUGCGUUAGGGGCUGCCGGCUUUGGUGCCGGGGGUAUAGCUGCUGGAAGUACUGCGGCUUCUAUGAUGGCCUCUUAUGGUGGAAGCGUUGCGGCAGGAUCUGCAAUGGCGUUAGCUCAAUCAGCCGGAGCGGCUGGGAUUGGGCUAACCGGUCAGGUAGCCGUGGGAGCAGCCGGAGCAGCUAUUGGGGCGAAACUUGAGGCGGAUAUUUGCGAAGAGGAUGAUUGUGACUAAACCCGUUUUUCACACGUUUGGGAACUCUUUUUGGAACUGAAGUACAAAUAAUAUAAAAAAAAUACUUUUAAAGGAAAAUAUGUUAAAUCUGUUAAAUAUUAUAUAUUUGUUACAUUAUAUGUUAUAAAGAGAAAUCAAUAUAAAAAUUUGCAUACAAUACAAAAUAUUAAUUUGAUAUAAAAUGUUGUUUAUAAUUUGUACUUACUAGAAUGUUUCUCUUCGUGCUUUUUCAAGUAGCUCUAGCUAACAUACGAAAUUUGUGAGAAUACUCACUAGAUGAAAUACAUUUUCAUCUUACAAACAAAUAUCUUAUAUGUUUUGCGGAAAUAACUCUUGACAUCAUCAUUAAUAAAUAAAAGACUACAAAUCUGACCAUUUGAAGAACUGAUCAUACA